AUGAUCCACAGUUGGAUUCGCAGUUUGACACACAGCCAGAUCUACACUUGCACUCACAUCCGCAAACCACCACAGUUCAAACUACCCCACAUACUCGUCCCCAUAAACUGCAACGAAGUCAACCAGACCAUAGCCGCAGAGCUAGUCGAACUUCUCUACACAGACACCAUCUUACAAGAAAUCCAAUCCACCCACUCCCUCACCAUCGCCCCCGCAGCCCUCGAACUCCUCGCCGCAAUACCCAUGAUAAUCUGGUUCCCCAAAGAAAGCGUCGACUACAGAACCGUCCAAAACAUCACCGGCCGCCCCGCUCCCCCCACCGAACUCCCCACCUUCUUCCACGCCGCCAUCUGCGCAUCUUUCACCUCGGACUACCUGUCCACCGACGAACACAGGGAGCGCUAUAAAGAGAUGCUAGCGAACCAGGAUGCGAUCAUGACCACCGAGACUUGCGUUAAUAACUACGUUGUUCUGCGUAGCGACAAGCCAAGUCCGAGACGCAUGAGUGGUCAGGAUCAGGAGGGCGCGUGUGAUGAGUGUAUCAAGAACAAGAGGGUUUGUGUGAGGUUUGUUAGGGUGAGGCAGCAGACGCAGUUGGCGGUGUUUCCGCUGCCGGUUGCGCGUAGGGCGAAGAAGCAGUGGACAGAUUUGGCGUGUUGGAUUCAGGAGUAG